UUURUAUUAUAUUAUUAUCAAUUGAUACAUGUGAUUUAUUAAAAAUUUCUUUUUAUUUUAAUAUUAUGUUAAAUAAUCGCCUAGAAACAAUUUCGUAGUCAUCAAUAAAUAAUGUUCAAAGUAACUAUAAAAUAUUCAAUAAACAAAUGUGAUUUACUWAUUAAUACUAAUCAUAUAUAGUUAAURUCAGUAUUUUAAAUUGUGCAAAAAAAUAAUGUCAUACCACUAUGACGAAAAUGAGUUUCUUAGAGCCCUAGGRGUAUCUUCAGAUGGUCUGCAAGAAAAAUUUUCUAAUCCAAACCUAUGUAAAAAAAAGAAGACAGCAACGGCACAUGAAAAUUGCAUUAAAAUGUGUCGAAGAAUUCGUUUAGAAUUGUUGAGUAGACCUAUAUGUCGGAAAUUGCGACCAUGGCCAAAUCCAAAAUUCGAGGGACCUUUUGUGAUUUCUCGUGCCGCUCUUAAAGCCAAACUUACAGAUAGAUUGAAAUAUUUAGCAAAACCUAAAAUAGAAAAUGAUAGUUGUAAAAGCUAUUACUCUCCAACUAAGUCACCAGGAAACAAAAUAAAAAUAAUUAGCGAUCGAUUAAUGACACUGUCCCAGCCAAGACCGUUCAUAGAUGAUAUGGAUGAAAAAAUUGUCUCAACACGUUUUAAAAGCGAAAUUGAGUGGCUCACUUAUUUGAAAAAACUCAAAAUAUUUGGUGCACCCAGACGACCACCACCAAGCCCCCUGGCUCCAAAAAGAGAGAAAAAACCAUUAAAAACAAUUAUGGCACAUAUAGAACCGUUGUCACAACCCGCCAAUCGUCCCCCAAACAUGAAUGAAAAGACAUUCGAAGAAUUAUACACGAUUAAAAGUGCAGUUCUGAAAUGUAASGCCAGCGAAAGAACUAAAAAUUUGGCUGUUGCUAAGCAAUUAAAUGAACAAACUUUGAUGGACAUAAAUUACGAUCCACGAGAUAAACUUAUUAAUGCGAAAAAAUACAUUGCUACCGAUAGGAUCAAAGAAUUGUCAACACCAAAAAUCAGAGAAACUCCAAAAACGACUGAUGUUAAAGCAAACGCCUUUACAGUCAAUCCGAAAGCAUUAAAAGCUUGGUGCUCGCCGAGAAUAAAACAACUAGCCAAACCCAUCGUAAGAGAUUAA